CCGUAAGGAUAAAAGGUCCAUGGCCAGCAUCAUCAGUCUUCAGUUUUCUAACCACAAACAAUCAAACAUUACACUCGAAUCAACACCGAAGUUCCAAAAACUCUCUGGCAACUUGACCACAAGAAGAAACCGCCAUGUCUGCCAACAACAACAACAACAACAACAACAACCCUUCGACCCUCAGGUCGUACGUUGACUCAGCCGCCGGCACCGUGCAGAACGCCCUAGGUAGCAUCAUCGGCAAUCCUGGCGACGAGGCUGAGGGGAAGGCAAGGCAGCAGAAGGCUCAGUCAGAGUACGACGCCUCGCACACGGCCGCCAAGCUGCCCGGCAUGACUGCGACCUCCAACGCCGUCGCCAAGGACCAUCCCGACCGCAGCGCCGGCUCAUGGAACCAGACGGUGGGCGCCGCCAAGGAGUUCGUCGGCGGUCUGGUGGGCAAUGAGGGCCUGAAGCAGUCCGGUCGCCAGCAGAACGUAUCCGGUCAGGAGCAGGAGGCCCGCGGCCAGAUCAGCGACUUCACCUCUGGACUUGGCGAUCGCGCCUCGGGCGCCGUCGGCAGCGCCGUGGCGGGCCUGACGGGCGACAGGCAGAAGCAGGCCGAGUACCAGAACCGGCACGACGUAGGCAAGACGCAGCAGCGCGGCGCCGAGCUCGACAUCCAGAAGCAGGCUGAGGCACGUAGCCAGAAGGAGGCUGAGGCUCGUCGCCAGUAGAUUCAGCUGACCGAGCGGUCUGAGGUUGCCUAUGGUGGUGGGACACGGCGCGGGAGGGAACCUGACGCGGGAACAUGUUCUUGAUACCCUUGAGAUUGGAAGGAUGUUCCAAUGCUCUGACAACGGCGGAGACUUCGGGAUAGAG